ACUCGUGGAACAGAGAGAGAGAGAGAGAGGGAGAGAGAUAGAAGAGAGACACAGAGAGGCACAAGUGGUCAUUACCUUGAGCCUUCACCGUGAGAUCUAUCGGAGAAUUCUCUAUAUCACUUUUUUCCACACACACAGCACACAGGGAAGGGGAGGGAGAGGGAGAGAGAGAGAGAUCUUCAACACAUACAAUAUGGCCCUUCACCAGCACCAAUUGGCUUUCAUUUUCGGCCUUCUAGGCAACAUCAUCUCUUUUAUGGUGUUCCUUGCUCCAAUGCCGACCUUUUACCUAAUCUAUAAGAAGAAAUCUGCUGAAGGGUUUCAGUCCUACCCUUAUGUGGUCGCUCUAUUCAGUUGCAUGCUCUGGAUUUACUAUGCGCUUGUCAAGAACAGCACCACCUUGCUUCUCAUCACCAUUAACUCCUAUGGAAUCGUAGUCGAGAUAAUCUACCUUGCCAUUUUCCUCUUCUAUGCUCCCAAGAAGCUCAGGCUCGCGACGAUUAAGCUUCUUAUGCUAAUGAAUGUGUUCGGGUUCGGAGCCAUGCUUCUGUCCACACUGUAUCUCGUCCACAGACAAGCAACACGUUAUCAGAUUAUAGGAUGGAUUUGCCUGGUGGUUAACAUCAGUGUCUUCGGUGCUCCUCUCCUGAUCAUUAGAAAAGUUAUAAAGACCAGGAGUGUUGAAUACAUGCCAUUUACUCUGUCCAUGUUCCUGACUGCAAACGCUGUGAUGUGGUUCUUCUAUGGCCUUUUCCUCAAAGACUAUUUCAUUGCUCUGCCAAACACUCUCGGGUUUCUGUUCGGCAUAGUUCAGAUGGUGCUGUACAUAAUGUACAGAAACGCGAAGCCAGUGGUUCUGGAGGAUCCGGUGAAGGUUCAAGAGUUAUCUUCUGACCAUGUCAUUGAUGUUAUGAAGCUGGGCACUAUGGUCCCAGAAGAUGCAAAGAAUGAUGCGAAAGAACAGAGGAACGCGAACCCCAGUGGUGGAGAUCAAAAGGUUUAAUUAACACAACGAGAAGGCCAAAAAGAAGCAGCAAGAAAGAAAGAAAGAAAGAAGGAAGAAAUAUAAUUUAACCUAAAAAGAGCAAUUAAUUACUUUUCUGAGUGGAGGAGGCAUGCAAAUAAAAGCACUUGAAGAUACAGUACGUAGCGUGCGCUACAAUGGUGUGGUUACUUUUGCCUGUACGAUAUAGAAAUUGUAACUGUCAGGCACAGUCAAUUAUUUACACUAGCCGUUAGGGUCUUCUUAUGUCAUAUUAUAUGGGCCUCCUCUAUUAUCAUUUCACAGUCACAUAUAAUAUGUUGUUGCUGUUUAUGUACUGGCAUAGUAUAUUUUCUGUGGAUGCUCGAGUCAAAUAAUUAGCCAUUUUAUAUCUUUCUGAAUUUCUAUACAUGAACCAUGUGUGCGCGCGCGCGCGCGUACUCAUGAUGAUGCUCAAUUAUUUUUAGUAAUUUGAAAUCUACGAAUUUGGCUAUUAACUACUUAUA